GCGCUCCUUCGCGACGGUUCGGUCGGGUGCCGCUGGCGGCCGUUGCCAGGGUGGGGGUCGCUUUGCGGCAUGGCGAUGGCGGAGGGUGAGCGGACUGAGUGUGCUGAGGCCCCCCGGGACGAGCCCCCGGCUGAUGGUGCUCUGAAGCGGGCAGAGGAGCUCAAGACGCAAGCCAACGACUACUUCAAAGCUAAGGACUACGAGAACGCAAUCAAGUUCUACAGCCAGGCCAUCGAGCUGAACUCCAACAAUGCCAUCUACUACGGCAACCGCAGCCUGGCCUACCUGCGCACUGAGUGUUACGGCUACGCCCUGGCCGAUGCCACACGGGCCGUUGAGAUCGACAAGAAGUACAUCAAGGGCUACUAUCGCCGGGCUGCGAGCAACAUGGCGCUGGGCAAGUUCCGGGCUGCUCUGCGUGACUACGAGGCGGUGGUGAAAGUGAAGCCCCACGACAAAGAUGCCAAAAUGAAAUACCAGGAGUGCAACAAGAUCGUGAAGCAGAAGGCCUUUGAGCGAGCCAUCGCGGGUGAUGAGCACAAGCGUUCUGUCGUGGACUCGCUUGACAUUGAGAGCAUGACCAUUGAGGAUGAGUACAGUGGGCCCAAGCUGGAGGACGGAAAAGUGACAGUCACCUUCAUGAAAGAGCUCAUGCAGUGGUACAAGGAUCAGAAGAAGCUGCACCGGAAAUGCGCCUACCAGAUUCUGGUGCAGGUGAAGGAAGUCCUCUCCAAGCUGAGCACGCUGGUUGAGACCACACUUACAGAGACAGAGAAGAUUACAGUGUGCGGGGACACCCACGGCCAGUUCUAUGACCUCCUGAACAUAUUUGAGCUCAACGGUUUACCCUCGGAGACCAACCCCUACAUAUUUAAUGGUGACUUUGUGGACCGUGGCUCCUUCUCCGUAGAAGUGAUUCUCACCCUCUUUGGCUUUAAACUGCUGUACCCAGAUCACUUUCACCUACUUCGAGGCAACCAUGAGACAGACAACAUGAACCAGAUCUACGGCUUUGAGGGCGAGGUGAAGGCCAAGUACACGGCCCAGAUGUAUGAGCUCUUCAGUGAGGUGUUCGAGUGGCUCCCGUUGGCCCAGUGCAUCAACGGCAAAGUGCUGAUCAUGCACGGGGGCUUGUUCAGUGAGGACGGCAUCACCCUGGACGAUAUCCGGAAGAUUGAGCGGAAUCGGCAGCCCCCAGACUCAGGCCCCAUGUGUGACCUGCUCUGGUCGGACCCGCAGCCGCAGAACGGGCGCUCGGUCAGCAAGCGGGGCGUGAGCUGCCAGUUUGGGCCCGACGUCACCAAGGCCUUCCUGGAGGAGAACCGGCUGGACUACAUCAUCCGCAGCCACGAGGUCAAGGCUGAGGGCUACGAGGUGGCCCACGGCGGCCGCUGUGUCACCGUCUUCUCUGCCCCCAACUACUGCGACCAGAUGGGGAAUAAAGCCUCAUACAUCCACCUCCGGGGCUCUGACCUGCGACCCCAGUUCCACCAGUUCACAGCAGUGCCUCAUCCCAACGUCAAGCCCAUGGCCUACGCCAAUACGCUGCUGCAGCUAGGGAUGAUGUGAGGGGCCGGAGGGGGCAGCUGUAUCCCAGGGCCCCUCCGCUUCCCACUGGACCCCAGGCCCCUGGCCGGGGGCAGAGCAGGCCCCGGCUCCGGGCAACGUUGGACCCCCUUUUACUUUGUAAAAUUUGUAUUUAUUCCCCUUUAGGUUUGCAGAAGGGGUGGGGGGCAGAGUCGGGGCAGGCCAGAGGGUCUGCUCCCUGGACAAAGAGGAAGGAGGUGGAGAGGCUGGGGCUGGGGGCUCAGCCCGGGCAUUCUGGAGGGAGGCCAGCCUGGGGGUGGGUAGAGCCAUGAGGCUUCCCUGCCCCCCUCGUUUGCAUGGCUCCUCCCCCCACUAAAGCAAUAGGGCCCCGCCAUAGGAAGACCCCCAGAAGGAGGGUCAUCAGGGAGCCUUGCCUGCACCCCCUACUCCUGGGAGCCCCAGGGCGGGGCUAGGCUGGGGCCCACCCCCUUCCCCAGCUAUUUUAUGUCUGUAAUUAAAUGUUAAAAUAAAGUCAUUAUUGUAAGUCA